UUUUGAUAUCAAAAAUACAAUUUCCUGCAGCUUUGUCAUUUGCUCUGUGGUUAGUUCUGUUAGUAAUGAAACUAAAGGAUUCUUGAAGUAACUCUUGAAUUAGUUUUAAUUUUAAAAGCAGUCAGAUUUUUGCUUCAACAAAGGAAAAAAUCUGCCUGGAUCUGAGCACUUGGGUGUGCAGGGAGUCUAGGGAAGUCCGUGUUGUUUUCCAGCAUUAUCUGAUGAGUGCAUUGUCAUUUCAUAAUUCCCGGAAUCUGGCACAUCAGGAGCCUGGGGUGAAGCAGAGAGCAGCUCAGAGGCUCCUGCUCAUCACUCACACGACAACAAUGGGUGUGUGGAAGGAUGUUAAGAUUAUAAAUCCUAAACACUGCAGAAGAUCAAGAUAAUUUCACUUAUCUCUGCAGGUCCCCAAGGGGAGAAAUAAACUGGUGGAUGCCUUUGAAAGGCUGCCUGGCCUUGCCUUGCAGUGACAGUGAGAGCACAAGGCUGGCCUGAGCCAGGGGAGGUACAUCCUGUGGAGUGUGAAAAACAUGAUUGCCUCAUUGUUCUUCCAAGACCUUCCAUUAUUUUCAGUUUGUUUAUUUGGUGAAGCUUUGCCAAGUUUGGAAAUGAGCACGAAUCUGGAAUCCACUUGCGAAAGUACUCUGAGAACUAUUUUUUUUUUUUAUUUUGCUUUUAAGGGAAAUAUGACCCAGUACAAACACCUACAUUAUUAUAUUACUGCUCUCACAUGAAUAUUAUUGCUCAGGUGUCUCCCUCCGCGGACAUCCAGCCCAGCCUUAGCUGUGCCAGGUCCCCGGCUGUGUCCCGCUGCCACCUGAUAUGUGCCCUGGUGGCCUGGGGCGGGCUGCGCGGGGCGGGGCCCGAUGCCGGUGAUCCCCAUUCCCCGGCGGGUGCGCUCGUUCCACGGCCCGCACACCACGUGCCUGCACUCCGCCUGCGGCCCCGUGCGCACCACGCACCUGGUGCGCACCAAGUACAACAACUUCGACAUCUAUCUCAAAUCGCGAUGGAUGUACGGCUUCAUCCGCUUCCUGCUGUACUUCAGCUGCAGCCUCUUCACCUCCAUCCUCUGGGUGGCUCUCUCGAUCUUGUUUUGCCUUCAGUACCUCGGCAUCCGCAUCUUCCUGCGCUUCCAGUACAAACUCUCCAUCAUCCUGCUGCUGCUGGGGAGGAGGCGGGUGGAUUUCAGCCUCAUGAAUGAACUGCUCAUCUACGGGAUCCAUGUGACCAUGCUGCUGGUGGGGGGGCUGGGCUGGUGUUUCAUGGUCUUUGUGGAUAUGUAAAUAAAACCAAGCGCAUGUGGGAUCAGGAGGUGACUUUUCUUCUACCCCCGAAAUGUGUCAAUAUCCUCUUUUUCUUUUCUUUUUUUUUUUUUUUUUUUAAUUCUAAUAUAAAUUAAUUUAUUUCUCAGUGCUAAUUUUUGUGGAUAAAUGAACGUGCUUGUCUCUGGAA